UGACUUUUAGAGCAAAACAAUGCUGAUGUGUCACUUUACUCUUGUAGCUGCUACUCACUACUGUCUAUUCUAGUAGAUAACUGCUGGUAUCUCAGUCUUGUGUGAAUAAUGGGAUUACUAAGUGUCCUCCUGCUACUAGUUGGCUUGAUUAAUACUGCUUACUGUCAAAGUUCUAGCAGUGAUGAUUUCGAUAAUAUAGGAAGCAUCAUUGGAGGAGUAUUUGCUGGAUUUGUCAUAUUAUUCUGCAUGGCAUACUGCGCGAUUUUAAUUUGCAUGUGUUGCUUUUUUGGUUUUGGAACUUAUGGUGCUGCUACUGCUGCUAGAAGGAUCCAUACUGGACCUGCUGCUACAGAAGUAACUUCUGGUGCCAUAGUAACUACUACUAAUACUAGUAAUGCUACUGCACCACCUCCUCCUACUUAUGAUCAACAGCUACCACCAGCAGUAGCUUAUCCUCCUGCUGGCUUUGAUGAAGAAAAAGCUCCUUAUCCACCACAGCAGGGAUAUCCUGCCCAGCCUGGCUAUCCACCACAGGAGGAGUAUCCCACAAAGGAAUAUGAUCAUCCACCACGAGGCUCUCCACCAGCCUAUUCAGCCCAUUUACAGUGACUAAAUGCCCAUGCUUGUAAUGUUAUUUAAUUCACGUUAAUUUUGUCUUUUUAAAAAAAUUAGUUCAUUUUUAAAAACGCU